CCAGAGGCGGUGCUUAAGCACUGAAUGAUCCAUCUCGCGCAUGCGCAGGUCGAGUGUUUAUACCAACAAAGUCACCCGUGACCCCUGAUGCCUACGGAGAGUCUAUAACUUCCGGUGACAUCAGAGGAUCUGUUCCUUUUCAUCUUCUCGCUUCGCAGGUUGUUUUUUCCGCGCUAGCAAAAGACUACAGGAUAUUGUGUUUCAUUCGUUGCUGGUGGCCUUGUGACAUUUUAUUGUCGGAGCAGCGAGUUGCUCGCCCUCCAAAGGCCGCAACGAAAUCUACCGACAGGUUGUGCUUUCGCUCCCUCUCCCGGCAUCUGUACUGCAUUCUGUGUCUAUUUUUUCGUUGGGAUAGUUUACCCUUAGCUGGUGAAGGUAGUGUUUUCGCUCCCGCUCCCAGCAUAGGUGUGCCCCUGUGACUAAUUGGUGGCAGCGUUUCCGCCGAGGCUACCUUUUUUCUCAGUUGCCAGCAUGGUUGGCAACCACUCCUGCUCGGCCUGUAUGGCUCCUCUGCAGCUUGAGGAUGGCCAUGAUUUAUGUCCCUCAUGUCUUGGCUUCGAACAUUUAAAGGAGGGUCUUUCUGACGACCCCUGCAUGAACUGCGGUAUCAUGCCUCGGGCAGUGAGGGCAGCUAGACUGGCUGAGGUGGAGCAACUGUUGGGCUCUACUUUGUCGAUUGGACAUUUGACCCCAGCCCAGCGACUGGUUCCAGAUCAGUCUGGGCAGUCUAAACGUCGGGCUGCUGAGGCUGCAGGCCCCACUCCUGCAAAAAAGGCUAAGGGACCCCGGCUUGCCUCUAAAGUGGACCAACUAACAGCGGAGCUCAAUACUAUGAAGUCCCUCUUCCUGGCUUUCCAGUCCGGUACUGGAGCAGAGCCGCCAGAUGAUUUUGUCCCCUCGGCAGCCUCCUUGGAGUCGGAGGACGAUGUGCUUUCCAUGGCAGCGUCAGCUGGCCAGUUUAAUGAAUAUGAGCCAGAGGUACUUCCACAGAUGGAAGCCUCCCAACCUUCUGGGGCCUGCUCCCGUUCUUCAACCCAUAGCUCUACUGGUGGUGUUGAGGACUGCUCUAUGGGAGCCAUCAUUCGUAUGGCUCUUGCUCGUCUCCAGUUGGACGUCCCGCAAACUCAGCCGGCUCCGGCCAGUGCUUUUUUCAGGCGUGUCCCAGCCUCCGUCAGCUUUACUGCGCCCCCAUCGGAGGAGUAUUUGAGGGAGUUGCAGGCAUGUUGGAGGGAUUCUAGGGCCCUCUCUCAUGCAACGUCCGAUGGCCGGACCCUGGCAGCCAUGCAGGACGCCCAGAAGUUCGGAUUGGACCGCAUGCCAGCAGUUGAGCCGACAAUAGCGGCUCUUAUCAUCUCACCUGAUGAGGCUUUGAGGCCGGAUGCUAGGUGCCCUCGUCCCCAGUGCCGGGUUACAGAUGACCUGCUCUGUAAGGCCUAUGAUGCAGCGGCCCGCAUGGGACGCAUCGGUAACUCCAUGUCCCACCUGAUGCUUGCUUUGAGAACCCUCCGCAGUGUUCCGGUGGAACCAGGGGAGCUGUUUGGUUCCGCAGCUCUGGAAGCGCUUGAGCGCACGGUCCAAGCCGGACGGACUCGACAGCAGCUGUCCGGGCUUCAAAGAAGCGUUCCGCCUCCUAGCAGGCCUAGAGGUCCUCCAGCUGCCCCACAGCGCAGCUCUCGUCCACAGGCUCACCCUAGGGGCUACCUAAGGUCUCUGCGCCCACGUCCACAGCCUGCUCAGCAGCAGGCACCGACCUUUCGGGUGCCUGACCGGCUGCCCUCAGGACAACCUCAGUCCUUUCCAACCCGUCGUGCCUCUGGAACCUUUAGAGGCCGGGGACCCCGGCGCUGA